AUGGAGCUGGGCGGCAAAUCACCCAAUAUCUUCUUCCCUUCGGUGGCUGAUGCCGAUGAUGAUUUCUUUGACAAGGCCGUUGAAGGUGCGGUGAUGUUUGCGUUGAACCAGGGGGAAAUAUGUACCUGCCCAUCGCGCAUCCUUGUUCAUGAAAGCAUUUAUGACAAGUUCAUGUCGCGGGUGAUUGAACGUACCGAAGCUAUUAAGAUCGGGCAUCCGCUGGAUGGCACGGUAAUGAUGGGCGCACAGGCUUCUAAUGACCAGUAUGAAAAGAUCGUUUCUUACCUGAGCAUUGGUAAGGAAGAAGGCGCGGAGUUGCUGACCGGCGGUGAACCCAACAAGCUGGAAGGUGAGCUCGAAGGUGGUUAUUAUAUCAAGCCCACCAUUUUUAAAGGCAACAAUAAGAUGCGCAUUUUCCAGGAAGAGAUCUUCGGGCCGGUUGUUUGCGUAACUACUUUUAAAACUACCGAAGAGGCUAUUGCCAUUGCCAACGAUACAUUGUAUGGCCUGGGUGCCGGCGUAUGGACCCGGGAUGCGCAUGAGCUGUAUACAGUGCCACGUGCUAUCCAGGCAGGCCGUGUAUGGGUAAACCAGUAUCAUGCAUACCCGGCACAUGCGCCAUUUGGCGGUUAUAAAAAAUCUGGCUUUGGCCGUGAGAACCAUAAGAUGAUGCUGGAGCAUUACCGGCAGACCAAGAAUAUGCUGAUCUCUUACGAUAAGAAAAAGCUGGGCUUCUUCUAA